GGAGUCCUUCCCAACCCUGCGGCUGCGCAGUCCUUGGACGAACACCUGCUUAGCCCAUCAAGCCGCCGCCGCCUCCACGGAAUGGGAGCGCAGGAGACGGCAGUGGAGGAGGUGCUGCGCGCCGCCGCCGCCGAGGUCUCCACCUCCUCCGCCAAGCGCCGCCUCCGCCUCUUCCGCCACACCCUGCCCCCUCUCCUCGCGAAGGCCUCAGAGUCACCAUCAGAUACCGCACUUUUAGUUGAUCUCAUUUUCCAGACAUUGCCUAUUUAUGAUGAUCGGGCAUCAAGAAAAGCGGUAGAUGAUAUGGUUAUUCAGGCUCUUGGUGAACCCACUUUCAUGAAGCCAUUUGCUGCGGUGCUUGUUCAAUCUAUGGAAAAGAAUCUAAAGGUUACAAGCCCCCUUACUAGCUUCAAGCUUCUCAGAUGGUCACACUAUCUUCUGAAAUGGAGCCAGUUUGCCGCACUUUCAAAAGGUGCUUUCUCUAGACUGGCCAAUGCACAAUCAGUCUUAUGUCAAGUCCUUAUGGAUGGGUCAUUUCGUCGGCGCCGGACUUGCAAACAGUUAUUCAUCCAUCUUUUCUCUGAGCCUAUUAGUAUAUAUAAGAUGUACUUAGAGGAGGUCAGAGAUUUGAGGAUUUCAACGAGGGAUUUUCCUGCAUUCUUGAAUCUAGUACUGGAUUUCACUAUUACUGCACCAUCAUUAUCUGCUGAGUACAAGCCAUUGUUCCUUGAUUUGUAUGUCAAAACCAUCUUGAGUUCAAAAGACCGGCCGUCGAAAGCAGCCACUGAAGCUUUUAAGUCUCUUUUCUUGGACAUUGGGCAUGAGGAUUUUAAAAAUACUGUUGUCCCAUCAUGCAUAAGGAUGCUGAAAAGAAAUCCUGAAGUCGUGCUACAAUCUAUUGGAUAUCUUCUAGAGACAGUUCGAUUAGACCUAAGCAAGUAUUCCAAUGAAUUUAUGCCAGUUGUUCUGCAGCAGGCUCGACAUUUAGAUGAAGAGAGGAGGAUUAAUGCUUUGAGUAUUGUUGGAACAUUAAGUGAGAAGUCAAGUGAUCCAGACACUCUACCUUCCAUGUUCAGUGCUAUCAAAGCAAUUUUAGGAGGCUCAGAGGGGAAACUGUCACUUCCAUACCAAAGAAUUGGAAUGAUAAAUGCUUUAGAGCAGUUAUCAAGAUCUCCCCCAAAGCAAAUAUGCAGACUUGCUCCCUCAGUAUCGAGUUUCCUACUAACAUGUUACAAGAAUGAUGGUAUUGAGGAGGUGAAACUGGCGAUUCUAUCAGUGUUAGGGUCCUGGGCUUCGGUAUCAGCUGAAGCUGUCCAACCAGAUGUUGUUUCAUUUGUAUCUGCAGGCUUGAAAGAGAAAGAUACUUUGAGGAAGGGGCAUCUAAAAUUAAUACGAGUCAUAUGCAAAAAGUCUGAUUCUUUGACUAAGGUUACUUCUUUAUUGGAUCAUUUGAUUCAGUUGUCAAAAGCUGGCUUCAGCAAGGUAACACAGCGGCUGGAUGGAAUCUAUGCACUCCUUGCAGUAUCGAGGCUUGCUGCUGUUGAUACAAAAGCAGAUGGUGCUGUUCUGAAGGAGAAGCUCUGGGCAUUGAUUGCUCAAAAUGAACCAUCGUUAAUCUCCGUACAGCUGCUUUCCAAACUAGCAGAUGAUGAUUGCUUAGCUGUUGUUGACCUUCUUCAGUCGCUGCUUGUAGAGCAUCUCUCCAGGGUUCGAGAAUAUUUUUCUAUCCAGUCAUUGCUGCAGCUACUAAUAUAUCUAGUUUGCCAUCCAAGUUGGGAAGUCAGAAAGGUAGCUUAUGAUGCUACCACGAAAGUCCUGUCAUUCUCCGGUGGCCUAGCUGAAGAUCUUCUAUUCUUAUUUACUAAUUGGUUGUCAUUAGUUGGAGAGAGAUUGUCAAUAUUGAAUCAAGGUGAUAUGGAUAUCUUUACAGAUUUGCAAGUACCAUUCAUUCCAUCUACUGAGGUCCUUGUGAAGUGCUUGUUUUUGAUUGCACCUUAUGCUGUCGAGCAUAGUUUGAGAUCAUAUUCUCGACUUAUAUUAUGCUCCCACCACCCUUGUGUUUCCAGUUCCACUUGCCCAGCUGGUAUAUGGAAGAGGUUGCAAAGAAGGUUGAGACAACAACAUAUCUUCUUUGUUGACUUAAUUUCUCCCAACAUUUCUGUUAUCUGCAAGGAAUUACUUUCACAGGAUGGUCUAUUUAGUUCUAACGAGCAAGAACAGCGUGCAGCAUUAUGUUCAUUAUCGACACUGAUGACAAUUACUCCCAACGAUACAUUUCUAGAGUUUGAAAAGCACUUCAUAGGGCUCCAGGAGCGCACUUUGCACGAUGGCUUUUCUGAGAAUGAUAUUAAGAUAUUCUAUACUCCAGAGGGGCAUUUGUCAACUGAGCAAGGAGUUUAUGUUGCCGAGGCUGUUGCUUCCAAAAAUACAAAACUCGCAAAAGGGCGUUUUCGUGCAUAUGACGAUGAAGAUGUGGACACUGCUCGAUCUAGUGUCCCUGCAAAGACUGAGAGGAGAGAGCCCACGGGCACUGGCAAGCGAGAAUCUGGGAAAUCUACGAAAAAGACUGCUCCUGUGGACAAGGCCAAGACUGCAAAAGAGGAGGCCAGAGAGUUGCUUUUGAAGGAGGAAGCAUCUGUACGUGCGAAGGUUGGGCAGGUGCAGAAGAAUCUUGCCUUAAUGUUGGAUGCUCUUGGCGAAUUGGCUAUUGCUAAUCCUAUAUUUACUCAUGGUCAACUGCCUUCUCUGGUAAAUUAUGUUGAACCAUUGCUAAGUUCUGCAAUAGUAAGUGAUGCUGCAUUUCGUGCAAUGUUGAGGCUAGCUCGCUGCACAGCCCCUCCUCUUUGCAAUUGGGCACCUGAGAUUGCUGCUGCUAUCCGUGUGAUAUCUGUCAAUGAUUUUGAAAUGGUUUUGGACCUUAUGCCUGUGGCCAUGGAAGAAGAUAGCAAGAAGUCAUCAGCUGGCCUCUUUGAACAAAUAGUAAAUGGGCUGAUAAUUGCAUGCAAAGCAGGGCCUCUUCCAGCAGAUUCAUUUACAUUCAUCUUUUCGAUAAUGGAAAGGAUCCUUCUUUCUUCGAAAAAAACGUGUCUUCAUGAUGAUGUGCUUCACAUACUAUCUAUGCAUCUGGAUCCAAUACUACCUCUUCCUCGGCCUAGGAUGUUAUCAGUUCUUUAUCAUGUGCUAAGCACUGUUCCUGCUUACCAACCUUCAGUUGGGCCUAUGCUGAAUGAGUUAUGCCUGGGUCUACGAAGCAAUGAGUUAGCACAGGCUCUUGUCGGAGUGUAUGCAAAAGAAAUGCACGUUAGGCUUGCCUGCUUAACUGCUAUAAAAUGUGUUCCUAUGCACUCUGUGCAACGGGAUUUGCAGGUAUCAACAAACCUCUGGAUUGCUGCUCAUGACCCCGAAAAGGUCGUUGCUGAAUUAUCGGAGGAUUUAUGGGACCGCUUUGGUUUUGAUGUCUGUACUGAUUAUUCUGGUAUUUUUGAUGCACUUUCCCAUAAAAAUUAUAAUGUUCGUGCUGCCGCUGCUGAGGCUCUGGCUGCUGCAUUGGAUGAAAAUCCAGACAAAAUGCAAGAUGCACUUUCUACCCUUUUCUCUUUAUACAUUCGUGAUCUUGGACCUAGAGUUGAAUUUGGAGACACACACUGGCUUGGAAGACAGGGUAUUGCAUUAGCACUCCAUUCGAUUGCGGAUGUUUUGGCUUCCAGUGAUCUUCCUGUUGUCAUGACAUUUCUCAUAUCACGCGCCCUAGCUGAUCCUAAUUUGGAUGUUCGUGGUAGAAUGAUAAAUGCUGGCAUCCUUAUUAUUGAUAAGCAUGGAAAGGAAAAUGUUCCUUUGCUAUUUCCUAUUUUUGAGAGCUACUUGAAUAAAAGGGCAUCAGAUGAGGAAACAUAUGAUCUUGUUAGGGAAGGUGUCGUAAUAUUCACUGGUGCUCUUGCAAAACAUCUGUCAAAGGAUGAUCCUAAAGUUCACAGUGUUAUUGAGAAGUUGUUAGAAGUCCUUAACACCCCAUCAGAGGCAGUUCAACAGGCUGUCUCAGACUGUUUGUCCCCACUUAUGGUUUCUAAACAUGAAGAGGCUCAAGCUCUUGUAUCUAAACUCUUGGAUCGGAUGAUGAAAUGUGAAAAGUAUGGUGAGCGACGUGGCGCAGCCUUUGGCCUUGCUGGGGUGGUUAAAGGAUUUGGAAUUUCUUCCUUGAAGAAGUACGGUAUUGCUGCAACAAUACGUCAAGGUUUAGAAGACAGAAUGUCAGCAAAAUCUCGUGAAGGAGCUUUACUUGGAUUCGAGUGUCUGUGUGAGAAGCUUGGCAGACUAUUCGAGCCGUAUGUCAUUCAAAUGCUACCCUUGAUACUCGUGUCUUUCUCUGAUCAAGUCGUGGCAGUGCGUGAAGCUGCUGAGUGUGCUGCUCGGGCAAUGAUGUCUCAGCUCACCGGUCAUGGUGUGAAGCUCGUCCUUCCUUCGCUUCUUAAGGGUCUAGAUGAUAAAGCAUGGCGUACUAAGCAAAGCAGUGUUCAACUUCUUGGUGCUAUGGCAUAUUGUGCUCCUCAGCAGUUAUCUCAGUGUCUUCCGAAGAUUGUUCCAAAGUUGACAGAGGUACUAACAGACACACAUCCUAAAGUCCAAGUGGCAGGACAGACAGCUCUCCAGGAGGUUGGCGGUGUCAUAAAGAAUCCUGAAAUAUCUGCACUUGUCCCUAUUCUUCUGUCUGCUUUGAUGGAUCCAAAUGACCACACUAAACACUCUCUUGACAUCCUUCUUCAGACUACUUUUAUUAACUCAAUAGAUGCACCAUCGCUUGCGUUGCUUGUGCCUAUUGUGCAUAGAGGAUUGAGGGAGAGGGGUGUUGACACUAAGAAGAAAGCUGCUCAAAUUGUUGGAAACAUGUCCUCUUUAGUUACAGAAUCAAAGGAUAUGAUCCCAUACAUUGGAUUGCUCCUACCAGAAGUUAAGAAGGUUCUAGUGGAUCCUAUACCUGAAGUCAGGGCAGUGGCAGCUCGAGCUCUUGGAUCUCUUAUAAGAGGAAUGGGUGAAGAAAUCUUCCCAGAUCUUGUGCCAUGGUUAUUAGAUACACUCAAAUCGGAUAAUAGUAACGUCGAAAGAUCUGGAGCUGCCCAGGGACUGAGUGAGGUUUUAGCUGCUCUUGGCCAUGAUUAUUUUAAUCAUGUUCUUCCUGAUAUCAUCCGUAACUGUUCCCAUCAGAAGGCAUCUGUUCGCGAUGGACAUCUUACACUUUUCCGCUAUUUGCCAAGGUCCUUGGGUGGUGUUUUUCAGAACUAUCUACAGGCCGUUCUUCCUUCUAUAUUAGAUGGGCUUGCUGAUGAGAAUGAAUCUGUUCGUGAUGCUGCACUUUCUGCUGGUCAUGUCUUUGUGGAGCAUUAUGCAACAUCGUCGUUACCUCUGUUGCUUCCUGCUAUCGAGGAUGGGAUCUUUAGUGACAACUGGCGUAUCCGACAAAGUUCUGUUGAACUUCUUGGAGAUCUCUUGUUCAAGGUGGCUGGAACUUCUGGGAAGGCAAUCCUUGAGGGUGGAAGCGAUGAUGAAGGUGCUAGUACAGAGGCUCAGGGUCUUGCAAUUAUUGAUGUACUUGGAAGGGAGAAACGCAACGAAGUUCUUGCUGCCAUUUAUAUGGUCCGUUCUGAUGUCAGCUUGACCGUUCGGCAGGCUGCACUACAUGUUUGGAAGACAAUUGUUGCGAACACUCCACGAACUCUGAAAGAGAUAAUGCCAGUUCUUAUGGACACACUUAUUUCAUCAAUUGCAUCAUCUUCCUCAGAAAGGCGGCAGGUCGCUGGGAGAGCACUUGGUGAGCUUGUAAGGAAGCUUGGUGAGAGAGUUUUGCCCUCUAUUAUUCCAAUCCUGUCACGAGGACUCAAAGAUCCAAAUGCUGGCAGAAGACAAGGAGUUUGCAUUGGUUUGAGUGAGGUUAUGGGUAGCGCUGGAAAACAUCAGCUAUUAAGUUUUAUGGAUGAACUUAUUCCUACCAUUCGUACUGCUCUAUGUGACAGCACCCAAGAGGUUCGUGAAUCUGCUGGGUUAGCGUUUAGUACUCUAUAUAAGAGUGCUGGACUGCAAGCCAUUGAUGAGAUUGUCCCCACACUACUGCGGGCUUUGGAAGAUGAUGAUACAUCUGCAACUGCCCUUGAUGGUCUAAAGCAGAUUCUAAGUGUCAGAACUGCAGCUGUUUUGCCCCAUAUAUUGCCCAAAUUAGUCCAGCCCCCCCUUUCUUCAUUCAAUGCACAUGCAUUGGGAGCUCUAGCAGAGGUUGCUGGGCCGGGUUUGAAUUCAUAUAUUGUAACAGUCCUCCCAGCAUUGAUUCUUGCUAUGGAUGAUGAAGAUGCGGAUGUACAAAACUCAUCCAGGAAAGCUGCUGAAACUGUUUUAUUGGUUAUUGAUGAGGAAGGAGUUGAAACGUUGAUACCUGAGCUUCUAAAAGGAGUCAAUGACAGUCAGGCAUCUAUGAGGCGGGGUUCAGCCUAUCUAAUUGGUUUCCUCUUUAAAAGUACCAAAUUAUAUUUGGCUGAUGAAGCUCCUGAUAUGAUGUCAACCCUAAUUAUUUUGUUGAGCGAUACAGACAAGGCUACUGUAUCAGCUGCUUUGGAAGCAUUUUCAAGAGUUGUUGGCUCAAUUCCAAAGGAACAACUUCCUACACAUAUAAAACUAUUGCGCGAUGCUGUCUCUACAGCCAGGGAUAAAGAACGCAGAAGGCGGAAGGGUGUGCCUGUGCUUCUGCCUGGCUUAUGUCUUCCUAAAGCACUGCAGCCUUUUCUUCCUAUAUUUCAGCAGGGUUUGAUUAGUGGGUCAGCCGAGAUAAAGGAACAGGCGGCUGAAGGUCUCGGAGAGUUAAUUGAUGUGACUAGUGAGAAGACUCUUAAGGAGGUUGUUGUUCCAAUUACAGGACCUCUUAUUCGCAUCCUUGGCGACCGAUUUCCAUGGCAAGUUAAGUCGGCUAUCCUAUCAACCCUCACAAUCAUCAUCACUAAAGGAGGAAUUGCACUUAAGCCCUUCCUUCCACAACUUCAGACUACAUUUGUGAAAUGUCUACAGGAUAACAAUAGGUCUGUCCGUACGAGGGCGGCAGCUGCUCUUGGAAAGCUUAGUGCUCUUAGCACACGAGUGGAUCCUUUAGUUAGCGAUCUUCUUUCCAUGUUGCAGUCAGGAGAUGAAUCUGUUAAAGAAAGCGUGCUUUCUGCGCUUAAAGGUGUUAUCAAGCAUGCUGGCAAAAGUGUUAGCUCUGCAAUAAGAUCACGUGGUUGUGCUCUUCUCAAAGAUCUGCUGCAGGCUGAUGCUGAUGAUGUCCGCAGUUGUGCUGCAAAAGUAAUUGGUACAGUGUCUCAGUACAUGGAGGAGAUCGAGAUUUCAGAUUUCGUGCAAAUACUGUUGAACAUGAGCACCUCACCAAACUGGUGUACCAGGCAUGGUGCUUUGUUAGCUUUCUCAUCCAUAUCAAUGCAUUGUCCAUCAAAAUUGUGCCACUCGGCAUCAUUUUCAUCUCUUGUUAAUCUUCUGAAAGAUGCUCUAAAAGACGACAAGUUCCCUGUUCGUGAAGUUUCUACAAGAACUCUGGGACGGCUACUCUGUUUCCAGUUGCAUUCGGAAGCCGGCACCUUGCAACUUGUUCAAUUGCUUGUCUUGGCCUUGCGUGAUGAUUCAAGUGAAGUUAGGAGAAGAUCUUUGUCUUGUCUCAAAGCUGCUGCAAAGAUAAAUCAUUCAGCUCUUGCUACACAUUACUUGAUAUUAGGCCCAGCAAUUGCAGACGCUUUAAAGGAUUCUAGCACGCCCGUACGUCUAGCUGCAGAACGCUGUGCCCUUCAUGUUUUCCAAUUGACUAAAGGGGCAGAUAAUGUUACGGCUGCGCAAAAGCACCUGGGCAUGACAGGCUUGGAGGUAAAGAAAAUUGCAAAGCUUAAAGAGGAGAGCGAUGGCAGUGAGAGCAGUGAUGACGACAAGAGGACAUGAACACAGCUACAGCAACCUCCUGGGCAAUCCUUUGUCUGUUGCACUCAUACGAACUGUUCUUAUAGUUGCAGUUAAAUUGGUAGUGGAAAAUGGGGUCAUUUUUUCCGUCUGACCCUUGUUGUAAACGUCUUUUUUGACAAAAUACAGUAGCAGAGAAAGACACGUCGGCUUUGUUCAUAAUUUUUGCUACAGAGCAACAAUGUUUAUAUCACAUUUCUACUGCUGAAGGUCAUCAAUCAGCAAUUCUGACUA